GUAUCCCCGAUAUCCGAUGUCAAGCGCUUGACGGCCCCGGACAGAGUCGCGCAGCUCUCGCAGCAUGCGCAUACCUGAUCUUCCGUGAGGCAGAUCAACAGAGAGAUAUUACCAGAAGAGCCUGCUACAGCAUGCAGCUUAUAGCGUCAUGCGCAGGUGUACCCUCGCACCGUAUCCUCAGUUGCUUCAAAGGUAUCUCGCAUGUGCUGCCUGAUCGAGUGGGAGACAUCAAAGGGGAUGAGCCACUCCUUCAUAUAGACCAAGUCGUAUCCUUCUUUCAGCGGCAAGUCUCCCUCGACCCGAGAGCAGCUUCUUCGUCCAAGCAUAAGCUCCUCACCGAAUCAGCUCCGCCGCUGCUGCUGACUCCUCAACACUUGAAGGUCCUCUCCCCCCUCAAGGACUUCGACGAGCUCAGGAGACUUGCACGGUCUCUCACCGAUCAGCUCAUAGCAACAGAGCCUCUCUAUACUGCUGUCUACGGCAGCCAAAAGACGCGAGUGAGCCCUGGCGAAUGGGCUUACUUCAUGGUCUUAUGGGCGAUUGGGGGCUUGCUCAAGAAGAGGCUGCCAGGGAGCGAAUGGAUCAAGCGAGACCUCAUCGAGGCUAGUUUGGGCGGGAUGGUCACGCCUGUGAAGAAAGAGUGCGAGAUCCCUGGCAGCGAUGAUGAGGCGGGAGGAAAUACCUCGGAAGAAGACGGCCUUUCGAACCUGCAAGACGUUUCUCCCUCGCACAUCACCCAGUACACAGAGAUUGGGCAAGUGAUAGCCCACCGGGCUAUGGAGCUGCCCUGGGUGACGACGCUGCAACAGGGUGGAAAUCGAAGGAAGAAAAAUAGUGGGUCAGGAGGAGGACGAGCAGCGAGGAUCAAGGAAGGGACCGAAGUCCAGUACAUCACAGAACUGGCAGAUUUUGGCAUUAGCCUAUCCCAUAGUCACUUCAGUGAGGAUCGAAAGGACUUGUCUAGGAAGGCGAAGAGGCCGCUAGGUGGGGUAGGCCCUCCUCUUGAUCCCUCACCGAGCGCAGUGGGGAUCACUGCAUCGACUCCAGCGCUGUUAGCCCAUCCACACACAAACGACAGUCUGGGAGCAGCCGCGGGAUAUCUUGCAUCUCUUGCUAGCGAUGACUCGGCUCUGAGAAAUGGCAACGCCUCGUACACAUCCCUUCACCACCCUGCUCUCGUCGGUGAAGGCACUCUCAUCGAUACAAUGUCCGACGAGACGGCCGAUGCACUCCUCUUUGGGCCGGGAGAAAUGGCAAGCUAUCUACGAUCGCAAGGGGAGAUCGCGGCGCUGUCAAAGAUCAAGGUCGACAGCGGUGACUGGAAAGAAGAACCGACGAGUAGUGACAAUGCGGAUGCUUUGCCGGUAAAGAGGCACAAAGCAGCUGGCCGAGGACCACGAUGUGAUGUGGGCCGAGGCCGCGAGUCUUCUAUCACCCCGUCGGUCCCCGCUUUGGUCUCACAUUCGCCGCACGGCCCGACUGCGAGGCGAACGAAGGCGGAUGACAGGCUACUGGCUGCUGCGAGAGGUGAUUUGGCGGGGUUCAUUGAUAGACCAGCCGGGCCGCCAAGCCGCAAAGACGACGCUAGGGCAUCUCAGGACAGCAGAGGAGACUGAGGUUGUUCGGCGAAUGGAUUGCAGGCCAGUGUCUUAAGAUAUUUGUUCUGUCGGAGCAGUCGAUUGAGCUCAAAAUAUACCCACGAACCAUGAUUUAGAGCUCUACAAGCGUUAUAUCGUUCCCCUUCCGGCGGCGUGGUGCGCGACAGGGCGUGGCUUGGUGGCUUGUCCGGGGGCCUUGUUGACGUCAAGGCGCGUCUGCCCGGGGCAAGAACUGCCCGUGCGCCUGCAGUGA